UCCUUCUCCUUCUUCUCCUCCUCUCUUACCCGCGUUCUAGAUCUCUCUCUCUCUCUCUCUCCUCUCAUCGUCAAACCCUUGCCCAAAGCUCAAGCUUUUGAGAUGCAAUCCACUAAUGGUGAUCCCUCCAACCGCACUGUGGAUGAUCCCCAACUCCCGCCACCACCCAAUGGGGUUGGGAUGCGAGGGCCGCACCACCGACGUGCUAGAUCCGAGAUGGCCUUCAGAUUCACCGAUGAGCUGGACCUUGGAGCUGCAGGUGAUCCAGGGGGGAGUUUUGAGGAGAUCGGGUCGGAGGAUGAUCUUUUCUGCACGUUUAUGGAUAUUGAGAAGAUUGGGUGUAAGCUGGAAGGGAGUGGAUCCGGGUCGGAGGGAGGGAUCUGUGGGGAUCCGACGCCGGAGAGCUCGGGUGGAGUGGAGGAGAGGAGAAAUGGGAAUGCUGGUGGUGUGGUGCCUGUCAGACCUAAGCACCGGCAUAGUAGUUCGGUGGAUGGGGUUUCUUUGGCAUCGGCUGGGGCUGUGAAGGGGGAUGGGAUGUUUGGAGAAGUCAUGGAGGCCAAGAAGGCCAUGACUCCUGAUCAGCUUGCUGAGCUUGCUGCUAUUGACCCAAAGCGGGCUAAAAGGAUUCUGGCCAACCGUUUAUCUGCUGCUCGUUCCAAGGAAAGAAAGGCACGCUACAUAUCGGAACUGGAGAGAAAAGUCCAGACCCUUCAAACUGAAGCAACAACUCUCUCUGCUCAGCUCACUUUAUUCCAGAGAGAUACAACAGGAUUAACCUCAGAAAAUGCUGAACUACGAAUCCGGUUACAAGCGAUGGAGCAACAGGCUCAGCUUCGUGAUGCAUUAAACGAGGCACUAAAACAGGAAGUUGAGAGACUUAAAAUCGCGACUGGUGAAAUAUCAAACUCAGGUGAAAACUAUAAUCAUGGCCUGCAAAGUAUGUCAUUCAACCAAUCAUUCUUCACACUCCAGCAGCAUCAGCAAGCAGGCACCCAUCGCGGCAUGCCAUUUCACUCCAGUUUCAGCCAGCUGCAGUCCUCAAUGUCCAAUCACCAUAUGCUCAGCCACGCUCACGCCCUCUCCGACGUGAUGCAGCAAGACCACCUCGGAAGACUACAGGGACUCGAAAUAAGUAAGGGACCACUUGCUAUUAAAUCAGAGAGUUCUUCAAUUUCUGCGAGUGAAAGCAGCAGCACCUUCUGACUAGGCCUCCGCGUGAAAUAACGUAUUUAUUUGAUUUCUUUGUUCAUAGCCUGACAACUUCAAGCUUUGCCUCUUUCUUAGUUGCUUGAUUUUUUAUUCUAUUUGUUCUAUCAUCCAAUUGUUUGUUCCUAGGAUUGUGUUCUACCUUCUUCUUCCUCCUCACCUUCUUGUAAUGGUCCCCUGUGUUGUUGUUGUUGUAUUUUUAUCUCUUGUUAAGCCCAUGUAUGUUUCCCUUCAAUAAGUUUUUUUUUUAACUUUUUGGGGUGUUGUUAACAUUGAUAAUGAAAUGGUAUGACUGUAUGAGAAUUGAGAGCUGUAUUCUAAUAUUUAAAACCUUUAGAUGCUUGAA